CCCAUCGAAGUCUCAAACAUUCUGAGCUUUUGUUGCACGGCUUCUCAAAGAAAGUACCGAUCCGGUUCUGUCCAUCAAAUAGAGUCGCUGUAGGAUGUCGCAUUCGUCUCAGCAGACUUCUCUCCGGGAGGCUUUAGAGCUCCACCCGCUGGAACUAGGGAGCUAUACUAUCGAGACGCCACCGUCGCUAUGCUUUGCUACAGUAACCAUUGGUGGACUUGUCACCUCCAUCGCUCAUAAAGCAGCAUCCGACUUUCUGUCCAAGUCUGUCCCAAACAAUGUACACCGGGAUGUCCUGAGCGCAUAUACGCAAUUCUUCCGUGCAACUCUUCCAUCUCCGAAACAGGCAACUCUCAAAUUUCGAAUAGCAAGCUUCUCCAAAGCGUUCACGGCUUUGCAUUUAGAAGUUAUUCAAAAUGAUAAGCUUUGCAUUGCAGGUUAUGUCACAUUGACGAACAUGGCUCCUACAAAACAGAUAUCAGUGCAGACAGGCUGGCAGCUCACUCCACCCCCACCACCAGUAUCCCUCGCUGGGCUAGAAACCGACGCAUCCUCCAUCUGGAGUGGCUAUUUAACUCCUUUCGAUGCUUCCACAUUACGAAAACCUCAGUCCUAUGUCCGAUACUAUGUUCCCAUAGAAAGGGCAAAUAAACACUAUAUCGACCAGUGGGUCACACCGGAAUGGAGAGACGACUGCUCGCCCAAAGGACCCGUUUGGACCAACGAGACUAUUCAUUUCAUAAUUGACAAUGCCCUUCCAAUACUCAAUGACCUUCUAGAUACUGACGGAGAGUAUGGGGUAUACAACAAGAUUGUCAAAGCAGGACUCUUGCAAAGACAAGCGCGUUUGGAAGGAAAAGAUGACCGGUUGUGGGGCGGAGGACUGGCUGAUUCCGAGCUGCUCUUUCCUUGGAUCAUCUCCACAGUAUCUACUUCCACCGAACUGAAGAGACUGUUACCUAAGGAGGGAUGUAAAUGGCUGUUCAUGCGGGAAACAGUCAAGGCGAUAAUUGAUAGUCGUAUGGAUCUUGAAAUCGUAGUACUCGAUGAGAAGAUGGAGUUGGUCGCUAUUAGCCAGCAUGUUUGUCAGGUCAUUCAUGUUAACAGGAAGAGGACCAGUAAGGCAAAUUUAUGA